CAAAUAUGAAGAUGGUCCCCCCUGCACCAUGCUCGGGUCCAUGGGCCUCAGAAGUGACAACCUGACCGCCGUUUGAAAAUAUCUCGUGUCUUUUGCCAUUUCUUCGUCUUUCUCGCUACUCCCAACGGUCCACAAGUGUCACGAUGGAGUCUAGCGGCUACGAGGAGAGCACUAGCCGCCACCAGCCCCUCCUGAGCACCAGCCAGACCACCCAGACCAUUACCUUUGGCGCCAACGAGGAGCGGUGGAGCAGCGCCGUGGUGGGCACCGACGUCCGGGUGGAGGUUGCCGCCACCAGCCACACCUCCGGCUCCUCCGCCAUCACCACGCGCAACAUCAGCAACUACUCCUGGGACCACCACUACCUUUCCGGCAGCCUGGUGGCCCAGCACUCCUCCGGCAACUAUGUCGCUUAUGCCAUCAGGGCACCCCAGAAGACCAGCGGAAUGGUGCGCAUCAUCAACAACAAGACGGGUGACCGGGGCCUCAUCAGGACUAUCAGGGGGAUGGUGCGGGACCUUGCCUUCGCCCACAUCACCAACCGCAUCAUCCUGGCCUUCACCGACCAGUACGGAACCCUCUACGUGUGUGAGGUCACCGACUCCUCCACCGGAACUGCCCUCAACACCGAGAUCCUGGUGGAGGUGGCCAGCACGACGGAGCAGGCGAGUGACCACCACCGCAUCAUCUGGUGCCCGUACAUCCCCGACGAGCAGGCUGGGGGCGAGGAGGGGGAUGAGCCUGCCCACUUACUGGUGCUGACCCACGGCCCUUGUGCCGAGAUCUGGAACAUCAGCGUGGUCCUUCGUGAGCACGGCGGGGGGCAGCUGAGGCGUGACCAGGUGGCGUCAGGUUACCAGUUGAUGGAGCAGCACUCGGCACCCAUCACCGACGCCGCCUUCAGCCCCGACGGCACUGCCCUGGCCACGGCUGCGCUGGAUGGCUACGUCAAGUUUUUCCAGGUGUACAUGGCUGACGAGGAGAAGUCCCCGCGCUGCCUGCACCAGUGGAACCCUCACGACGGCAAGCCCCUCUCAGCGCUCUUCUUCCUCGACGACCACAAGCACCACAGCCCCGAUGUGCAGUUCUGGAAGUAUGCCGUGACGGGCGCCUGCAACAACUCUGAGCUGCGGGUGUGGUCCUGCGAGUCCUGGCAGUGUCACCAGACGCUGCGCUUCGUCCCCACUCUGCAGGACCAGCCGCAGACGCCCCUCGUGUUCAAGGCUACCAUGGACCCCUCAGCCAGCUUCCUGCUCCUCUCUGACAUUCACCGCAGGGUGGUGUAUGUCAUCGUGGUGUACCAGGACGGAAACAGUGGUGGUGGCGGGAGUGGAGGCGGCGGGGGGAACAACAGCAUCAGUGGAGGCAUCAGCGGCGGCAACUGCUGUGUGGUGAAGAACAACAACAGCAGCAGCGUCGGGGGCAGCGCGCAGCUGGUCUCGGUGUCAGAGCUCCCUGUGCAGUACCCGGCCUUGUUCCUCUCCAUCACCGACGCCGCGUGGAAGGCCUACAAGCGCUGGAAACAUGACCACACGCACGACGCUUCACAGAACACGCACGAUGAGGAGGACAUGGAGAGCCUGGACACAGUGGAUGGCGUGGUGCUGCGCUGCGUCCUCAUCAACACUGUGUCGCUGCAGGAGGCCACACUGAGGUUCAAGCCAGACAUCCCCCUCCCUGUGCCCCCCCAGCACCACCACGACCUCAGUGUGUCGCGGGAUUCCAUCGGGGUGCGUGAUGGGCUGACCGACCUGAGCCUGAACACGUCUGUCUCUGAGGUGGACACAGGCGGCAGUGGGGAGCGGGAGGAGACGGAGGAGGAGCAGCCCCCGCCCCCGCCACCCCCCCCUGAUGCCCUCACCUCCCCCCAGAGCUCCAGCAUCGCCUCACAGCACAACACACCCUCGGCCUCCCAGCCUCCCAUGAACCUGCUCACCCCCGACUCCUUCAGCUCUCCCAGGCGGCCGGAAGACUCAGACCUUCCCGAGGAGGAUAAUAAUGAGGAGGCAAUGUCCAAUAAGGUUUCCCCCAAUAAGUACGACGUGCCAUUCGCCCCUGACUUCGAGAACGCCGCGCUCUCCUUGCUGCUCCGGUGUGGCUCGGGGACCCUCAUGCAAAGCAGCGAUUCAGAGAGCAGCAGCAGCCUCAAGAUCCUGGGCUCCGUGGUCGCCGGCUCCUCCACCACCCCUCCAGCCACCUCCCUGCCUCCCCCACCCUCCAGCACCCCCCACCCAGGCUCCUUGCAGGUAUUGAUAGUAGACCAGGAGGAAGUCCCCCUGGCUACGUCGGAGGUGGUGGUACCCAGUUCUGGUGGUGUGGGCCGCCCGCUGGCCAGCACCACCUCCUCCCCAUCGCUGGAGGUGCAACAGAUACUACACUCCCAGAAUGGGAAGAGUGAAGAGUUUGCCGACGAGGAUGAUGAGGACCUGAGGGCGAGGGAUGAGGCAGGCAUGGCAGAGGACGAGGAGGAGGGCGACGACGAGGAAGAGGAGGAGGAGGAAGAGGAGGGUGAGGAGGAGGAGGAGCCUGAAGCACACCGUCAGCCUACCUCCUCCCACUCGCACGUCCCACCCCCACCACCCCCAGACCACCAAUCCCUACCCAAGCCCCCCACGGCAACCAUAGUCAAGCCAGCCACGUCACUACCACAACCACCCUCCACCGUCAUGGGUAAACCGAAACCACCAACGUCACUACCAACAUCACUACCAACUUCCCUACCAACAUCGCUACCACAACCUCCUACGUCCCUACCAACCUCCCUACCACAACCACCAACGUCACUACCAGCCUCCUUGCCCCAACCAUUAUUGCCGCUACCAGAGCAGUCACCAACCCAGUCAACGCAGAAAUCAUCACCGUCGCUUCCUCUUCCACCCCCAUCAUCGUCCCUGCCACAGAGCUUGCCCUCCACGCAUCCACAGCCGUCAUCCGCAGCCUCUCAGCCGGUGUCAUCCAUGCCUCCGUCUCUCAACACCCUGGCGCAGCUGACCCAGAAACAGGUGCAGUCAGGUCACCAUGGUCAUGAGACGUCGCUCCCCUCCGCCCCGACACAGCAGCCCCUUGACCUGUUUGCGUCAGUACGGAGUCUUCCAACACAGCUGACGUGCGCCCAGCUGGAGGCAGAGAUCAAAGCUGGAACGGUCAGCCCAGAUACUUCGGGAUCCCCUGCCGCUGUGACCCACCAAAGCAAUAACUCGCAGGGUAAGGGUAGCCGAGGGUACAGCUCCAACAGCCGCCCCUCGGAGUCCCCCGCCGCAGAGCAACUCAAUGGCCCCGUGACCCCAGCGGUGACGCCGGAGGAUGUGGCACAGCUGCGGACGCUCAUGAUGGGCUGCGUGAGUGUUGCCAGGGAGGCGGGCCAGAACGCAGUCUCGCAGUCGCACAUCCUUGCCGCCAAAUUGGACAAGGCUCUGCACCACAUGACGCAACUCUCAAAGCAGCUGAAUGUCUCUUUGGCCAGGGUGGAGGAGGUGAAGGCUGCACAGUCCCAGAUCCAGAUGGAGCUUCCCCACGCCCUUGCUGCCUCCCUGCGGCCGGUGGUGGAGGGAACGCUGAGGAACGAGCUGAGGACGGUGCUGCUCCCUGGAGUAUUGAAGAGCCUGGAGCCCCUCAACGCCCAACUUUCUCACGAGGUUCAAAUGCUGACCAAGUACAGCGAGGGGCAGGUCCUGGAGGGUUUGACCAAGACCUUACAUUCCAGGUCUUUCAUGGACGGCGUCGCGAACUCCGUGGGAUCAGCCGUCUCCACCACAGUCCAGACCUCCUGCCGCGACGCGUAUAACAAGCUGCUCCUGCCCGGCAUCAACGCCCUCACCCAGCAGAUCUUCACGCAGGUCAACGAGAACUUCAGCAAAGGCACCAGAGAGUACCUUCAGAAUGUGGAGAGCGAGGUGCAGGGAGGGCGGACGGCGGUGCAGGAGAGCAUGGGGAAGGCGUCGCAGUCCCUCAGCUCGGCAUGCUCCUCCCUCUCCUCUCACUCCAAGUCGCUGCAGGAUAAUGUCAACAAGCUCGUGUCUCAGCAGAACACGCUGUCCGACUCCCUCGCCGAGCGGAUACGUGGGCUGGUGCGCGAGGAGGUGGCCCACGCCCUGCAGGACCACCAGGCUGCCUUGGACGCCCGCAGCCGCGCCCACACACCAGGGCCCACGCCGCACACCCUCAACCCGAAGAUGGCCCAGCAGCAGGUCCAGGGACUCAUCUCACAGGGACAGUUCAACACAGCCUUCAAGCAGGCCCUCUCAGCGUCGGACCUCAGCCUGGUAAUGUUUGUGUGCGAGCGCGUCAACCCCCAGCAGGUGUUCAACAUGACGCCGUGCCCCCUCAGCCAGGACGUGCUGCUCUCCCUCGUCAACCAGCUCUCCCACGACCUCUCCACCUACACCGACCUCAAAAUCAAGUACCUUGAGGAGGCCGUUCUGAACCUGGAUGUGGCCCACCCAGUGACACGGGAACACAUGGGGUCCGUGCUGCAAGGGUUCCAGCGCAAUAUGAACAUGUACCUCCUCACCAACCCCAACCACAAGAAGGUCAAGAUGCUGCUCAUGGCCGUCAACCACAUGGCCGCCUCGCAAGCCCGGUUGAGUGGUGGUCAGGCGGGCUCAGGGGGCGGAGGUGCAUAGGGAAGCAGGGUGGUCGUUAGGUGUGUUUGAGUGUGUGUGUGUCUGUGUGUGUGUGUGUGUGUGUGUGUUUGUUAAUUAGUCUUCUUUUUCUUCAGCUCAUUUUCCAAGAUAAGACAAUUGCAUUAUUCACAUUGCCCCUGGUGCUUUGUGUGUGUGUGUGUGUGUGUGUGUGUGUGUGUGUGUGUGCACAUGUGUGUGUGUGUGUGUGUGUGUGUGCACAUGUGUGUGUGUGUGUGUGCAUGUGUGUGUGUGUGUGUGUGUGUGUGUGUGUGUGCACAUGUGCAUGUGUGUGUGUGUGUGUGUGUGUGUGUGUGUGUGUGUGUGUGUCCCACCCUCUCCAUCACAUUUAGCAAAAAUGUAAAUAUCAUGCACUCUGCAUUUUACUUUGUAUAAAUGUAAUUCUGUAAUUGCAAUUCCAUCAUUAAAACUUGAGUAUCAACAUUUAGUUACAAUCCAUUGUACAGUCAACUGCUUUACAUUACUGCAUUUUAACUUUGCAAGAAAAGGCUGUAUGACAAAGCCAUUUAUGUUUUUUUUCCGAGUGAUUCAAAUUGCUUUUUAGUUAUUCCUUAAUAUAUUAAUUAUAUUCUCAGUUCUUCGGAAAGUGGUGAGGGAGAAAGUGAGUAAGGGACGAGGAGAGCAAGCUGGAUGAGGGUGGGGGGGGCGGGGUUGUCCUUCAUGCACCAGUACUGUGAGUGUGUUCCUGGUCUGCUUGCUGCAGGAACAGUGUGGUGGUGUGCAUGAGGGAGUCUUUUCCUGCUGCUUUAUCAUGGUCUGAGGCUGAAGAUUUAGUCUGUUUUCUUAGGCUCAAUAAACAGCCCCACCUUUGGGCUGGAGCAGGGCGACUCCACAUCAUCCUCACCAAGCCACACUGUUACUUGCUUGGCAAAGUGGACUUCCCAUAUCUCUUUCAUGCGUGUGAGUGGUCUUUUUGUGAUGUAUGUGUAAAUGAAGCACAAGUGCUUGAGGUGAUCUCUUGCUUGCAAAUUUCUGUAGACCAAUGAGCUCCAAGGAGGACAACAUUCAUGUCCUGACCCUCGUAGUGGGCUGAGCAUUUUCCAGACACUCAGAAAGUAGACUACCGUUCAUCCCAGGAAGGCAUUUUGUUUUCACCAAGGGUUAUGCUUUGUGCUCUUUUAGUAAAUGCAGCAGCUCCAGCAUUUCUUUUUGUUUGAACAAAAGUUCAUUGGUACAUACCGUACAAGGAUCAUUCUCAUGUAAAGCAGUAACUGACUUUUGAACAAAUCUGAUGUGGUCUUUCUUCAAGCUUGAACCUGUGUAUAAUGCAUUGUUUCAUGCUGUGAAUAGGGCACUUUUUACAUGCAGCAUAGUGCAGCAUGAGUCCAUGAUGAUUUCUUAUUUAGUUAAUGUGACUGAUGGUGCUACGCCCGUCUCCCGGCCCCUCACUGGUGCAUCGGCAGAGGAGCUGUGAGCCAUGAGUGUGUCUGGGGACUGUUGGGGGCAGGCAGGCAGGGAGUUGUCCGUCUCUUGAGGAGGAAGGGUGGGAGCCAUUCAUUGCAAGAGUAUGUUAUGUGGUAAUGUUCUGUGUGUCUGUCAUGGGAGGGAGCAUAGGCUGGUAUUUAUUGUCAUGAAAUAAUGAAAGUGUUUUAUGGUAACUUACUUGUGUCUUUAGGAGGAGGCAUGACUGUCUAGCAGGAAGCCUUGGUCCAGGCAUACAGGCAGUAUUUUUUUACUCAGUCUAUGCAGAAUGCUAAGUCUACUUAAUGGAACCUUUUUCUUUUAUUAAUAUUCUGGAUUAUUUAAGAUGUAUUUAUGAUCAGUAUAUCUAGUGUAGCUUCGAUGCCCUCCCCUCACAGGAACUUCUGAGGGGUGACCACAGACGUGUCAAUAAGUUCCCUGUUCUGCCACUCCCUCUUUGGACAUUCAACACUUUGCCUGACAACUCUCUCUCCAAUAACUGUUUACUCUUUACAUUCAAUAACUAUCCUGCAAACUCUCUCUCUCUCUCUCUCACCAAUACUCAUUUGCUCUCCACAUUCAGUACCUCAUCAACCAUCUCUCUCUCUCUCUUUCUCUCUCUCCAGGACUCAUCUACUCUAAUGAUCCAUAUCACAGGUGGUCUUCCCAAGAUACUCUCUCCCUCAAUCCAGCUUAUGAUCAUCUCUUAAUACUAUACUUUACUUUGUGCUGUUAUAGUGGAAGGUCUAUAUCUACCUGUAUCAUUAUGGGUGGAAGUGGUGGUAUUGUUGUGAGUAAAUCGGUCAUCCUUGAAGAUUCUGUGGUGAGGGAGGGAGAGGCAGUAAGUGUGGUGAUGAGUGGGCGGACAGAUAGCAGUAUGCAGCCUCUCUUUGUGCCUGAUGAGAUGAUGUGUGGCUGAAUGAGUAUGUCCUGUUCUUAGCCUGGAGUGUUGUUGAAUCUGUCCUCACCACCGUUUGUCUGCCCUGAGGAGGUGAUCUGUUCUGUGGCUGAAUGAGUGUUGAGGAAAGCAUGGAGCCUUCAGAACACUUAUAGGAGAUGUGUAAGUGAAUGAGUGUUGGUGGAAGUCCUGUUCUUAGCCCAGAGUAUUGUUGAAUCUGUCCUCACCACCAUUUGUCUGCCCUGAGGAGGUGAUCUGUUCUGUGGCUGAGUGAGUGUCGAGGAAAGCAUGGAGCCUUCAGAACACUUAAGGAGAUGUGUAAGUGAAUGAGUGUUGGUUGGAGUCCUGUUCUAAGCCCAGAGUGUUGUUGCUGCUUCUGUCCUCACCACCUUUCGUCUGCCCUGAGGUGAUCUGUUCUGUGGCUGAGUGAUCGUUGUGGGAAGCAUGGAGCACACUUUUGUGAGGGUAGUCAUUCGUGUGGUGAUCCGGGAGGGUUGUCUCGUAUCCUCUUCCUCACCCUUCUCGGCCCUCUCGUCACACGUUGAGCCUUGCUUGCCGUGGCUCAGGUAAUGGUAGUGGCGAGUCUCAACACAAGUCAGCCAGGAACUCAGACAAAGAAAGUAGAAGUAUUAGAUUUACCAGACGUUUUGUAUUUUUUUAUGUCGACAAUGUGAAAGUGCAGUUAAAAGUCGGUGAUGUGAGAUGGACGUUUACAUAGAUGAAUAUAUAUAUACAUACUAUAUAUAUUUCUAAAUCAAUUUCUGUGCUUCUUAGGUUGUAUGUCGGUUCAUCUCGUGCAGUGAAAGGAAGAAUUUUAUGGAAAGGAUGGUUUUGUGUGUGUGUGUGUGUGUGUGUGUGUGUGUGUGUGUGUGUGUGUUAAGUGUCAUGCAAACAUCCCAGAACAUGGAGUGAAGGACGGAACGGACUGUCUUCUUGCCUUAGGGGUGUGUGGGAACAGCGUUAGGGACGGGGGAAGGAGUAAACAAAACCAGGAGCCAAUCCCACAUGGCUAACUUACAUAUAUUUGGGUAGAUUUCCAGUAGUAGUUCUUAACCUGCAUUCUCCCUUUGCAUAGGAAGUAACACAGCAUACUUUUGUGGUGUUCUUAUGUAUACCGUUAUCUGAAGGGUUUUACAUUCAUACAUACAUACAUACAUACGUCUUCAGAAUUUCUCAUCAUGUCCCUAUGCCAGCCGUUCUGUGUAUGCUUUCAUUUCCUCUGUUACUUAAAUCCAUGCACUGCGCUAGGUUGAUUCAGACCCUCACGAUCGACACUUACUUUAUUUGUACGUACGAAUGGUGUAUUUUUAUUUUUGUACAGCAGUGGAUUUUGUGUUUAUUCUUAGGAGUGGAAACCAUUCUGUCGGAGGUUUUGUUGCUUUCGGUGCCGUGCUGUAGGGUGACGCUGCUUGGCCUCGAAUGUGAUAUUAGCAUAUGGUGGGUGUGGCCGCAGCAGCCCUCACCACCACCACCACCACCACCACACUGGCAGGUAUCGUGUAGCUUCCUGUGCGAGGCUGUGGUUAAUGAAUCUUACGUCACCGGAAGAUAAAGUUUUUUUUACUGUCAUUUGGUUUAGUUUUGUUUGACUUUCAAUGGGUGGGAGGGAAGGGAAGGUGGCCUCGCCCUCUCCUGUGUCUCCUCAGCAGAACAUCGCCUUCAAGUUUUUAUUGUUUUAGCGUUGCCCAAGUAAAGUGUUUUCAUUCCUUUUGUGUCGUGGUGAAGAAAGUGUUUCUUACAAUUUGCGGUCCCCUGUUUGGAAAUAUGAAUGUAUUUUUAGUUUUAUGAAUAAAUUAAUUAUUUUA